AAAAAUGUUGCUAGGAGAGUAGCGGAUCAUAGUAUUGGGGUAGCAGGAAGCAACAAACCGAAAAUAAAAGAUCACCUCUACAAGAAAUGAAGCAAUGGAUUUAUUUUUUUAUAGCCUACUAACUCUACUUCAUUUACUGAAGGUGGUAUGUGCAGGUACUCACUCUUUGUGGUACUUUGUCACACUUACUACUGGCCCAAGCCCCUUCCCAGAGCUGGUGAUUGUGGGCAUGGUGGAUGAUGUUCCAGUGGAGUACUACGACAGCGUUGAUAGGAUGGUGACCCCCCGGCAGCACAGGGACAAGGAAGAGGGCGAUAAAGCAGACGCAACGUUGAAACGCAAGGCCAUAGCACGGACCACACACAGCCUCAAAAACAGAUUGCAUCACAUGAUGGAGAAUUUUAAUCACAGUGUUAGACUCCACACAUACCAGAGAAUCGCCGGGUGUGAGCUGGAUGAUGACGGCACAGAGAGGUUCCAAACAAAGGACUCCUACAAUGGGAUGGAUGUGCUCUUUUAUGAUGUUCAAGAUUGCACCUGGAGUUCUCUUUUCCCAGAAAUGUGGAAGGACUUUUGGCUAAUAGAAUCCAAGAAAGGGAUACAUGACCAGUUUUACCAAACCACGUGCAUACGCGCUUUGAAGAGCUACCUUCAUCAGGAAAGGAGUGUACUGAAACGAAGAGUGAGUCCCAGGAUUAGAGUUUUUCAGAAACAAGUUGGCGGUGCUGGUGGGGUAGAGGUAACCUGUCUGGCAACAGGAUUCUACCCCCGACACAUCGAGCUGACGUUGAAGAGGGAUAACCAGCCUGUUCCGGAGCAAAAGCUGAUCGGAGGUGAUAUUCUGCCAAAUGGAGACGGGACGUACCAACUGAGGAUGAGCCUGAGCGUCAGUGCCGAAGAGUUGAGAGAGGGACACCGCUACACCUGUAGUGUUAGACAUGUCAGCAUGGACAACAAGCUGGACAUUGCCUGGGACUCACAGCCAAAGCCAGGCGUUGCGCUGAUUUCAGGAGCAUCGGUCACGGCUCUGAUUGCAGUUCUGCUCAUCAUCACUGCCAUCUUCAUCUUGAAGAAGAGAAAGAGCAAGGUGCCAGGAUGCAACAGGCCUGGGGAGAACAAGGAAGAGAUGGAACAGAUCAAUGCUGCUGAAGGGGCAGAAAAAGAUGGAUGUGUGCAGUUGGAAAGACAGGAAGCGUGAAAGAUAUUCACAUCAGGGGUAAAGAUAUAUAUAUCAGGGGUACAAAGCCAAACAUCAUUAGCAAUUUAGCUAAAUAUUUCAAGAAGGGAAGGCAAAAUAUACCACUAUCAGCAAAUCCAAGUAGAGUUCCCAUUAAGACAUAUGAGGUUCUAGUUCUAUUAAUGAUGCAGAGCAUAAUAGUCCAGUUUGCUAACUAAUUUUUCUGAUUGGCAAGAGGGCUGCUAUGUCUGCUGGUUUUUGAUGUGUUUGUGCACUUAAGUCAUCAACCCUGUUUACACUUGGUUUUAAAAUGCAUCUCAGGCGAUCGGAUCACAAGUGGACAGCGCUAAAUACAAGUGUAAACGACCACCAAGACGCAUUGUGAUCCGAUCACUCAAACCACUUGCCGAGGUGGUCUGGGACGCAUUCGACCACAUAUCUUUUUUAGUGUAAACGCUAAUGCGUCCUGAUGCGUCCCCGACAAGGACGUAACAGGAAAAUACGUCAUCAGUGCAAUUUUUCGUCUUGUCCUGCACUCUUUUGCAAGUCGCAAAUGACUUUGUCCUGCCAGUCUCAACAGUUGGAAUAGCCCGUACAUGUAUAUUAGUUCUUGAAACAUUUUUGUUUUCUUAGCUAGCCCGUGCGAAACAAAUCUGACGCUUGUCUGGCGACAGACUUUUGACCUUCUAGCAGAAGUGACGUAGGCAGUAACGAAAUCUGAACACAAGUGGUCAGCUGGACACCUUGGAGACGCAUGAUAGACACAGGCGUGAACAGCGAUGUGUCUCGGCUGUCCACUCGUGUUUGAAUCACCAAAACACAUUUUAAAACCAAGUGUAAACAGAGCCAUCGAUUGGCUAAAGUUUCCAAGGCUUAAACUGGCUGCUGAUUACUUUUUUUUUUUUUUGCCCUUUGCUUUGCACUUAUGCACUGCUGCACUUCUUUUAAAAAUGUUGUUUUUUACACAUUCUAUGUAUUUUUUAUUUUUUAUAUAGCACUGCUGUUAUUAUUUUAUACUAAAGACCUGUAUUACGACAGGCAAAAGACCUCUGAGUGAAAGGCACAAGACCUCGGUGGGAUGCAUGAGGCAGUAGGCGUUGGGAGGUAAAAGACCUGCAUUACGACAGGCAAAAGUCAUUUUCAGGGAGGCGAAAGACCUCUGGUAGGUUAUAUCAGGAGGCAUUAAGACCAUUAUAGUGAGGUAGGAUAUAUGUGUUGUUUGUAUGUUAUUACUUUCUCCAUGUAUUUAUGAAAUUUUAUUUCUGUAAUUUUGAUUGAUCGUUUAAAAAAUGUUUUAUUUCUGUAUUAUGUUCAUUCUAUGUCUAAUUUCAUGUGAAGCACUCGGUGCAUGUAAUUUCUUUAUUGUAAAGCACUUUGAGCUGCAUUUCUUGUAUGAAAGGUGCUAUACAAAUAAAGUUUAUUAUUAUCAUUA